GACUGCGGACGCCGUCAAACUUGUCAUUUUGUUUAAAUUCAAUGGCGCGAAGUAAUAUUUUCCGUAAAAUGUGAAUGACAAACGCAUUUUACAUGAUUUGGACACGCGUUUUAAAAUUACCCAGUCUCUUAAACUAUGUUAAACCGUCCCGUCUGUAUAAAUUUUCGUACGAAAAUCCCAAAAACCUAACCUCAAAAAAAGUUCACGAGCAAUUCUUCAGAUUUCGUUUUGUGCCAAUGUCCCGUCCGCGUCUCCUCUUAUUGUCUUCCUCGGUGGUGCACGGCCACGGCUUCCUGGAGUAUGCAGCCAGCGACAUCAACACCUUCCUCAACAAAAAUCGCGUCUCGACUGUCCUUUUCGUCCCCUAUGCUGCAGUCGACCACGACGCUUAUUUGGCCAAAGUGCGCCCCGUUUUCACCAAAUGGGGCUAUCAAGUCGAGGGCAUUCACCAAGACAACCCUGUCGAUGCCGUCAAACGAGCCGAGGCGAUUUUCGUAGGUGGAGGCAACACUUUCCUCCUGCUCAAGACUUUGUACGACAAGAAUUUGGUUAAAUUGAUCCGGGAGCGGGUGUUUGAGGAUGGGGUGCCCUAUAUUGGGAGCAGCGCAGGGACGAAUAUCGCAGCCCCCUCCAUCCACAACACCAACGAUAUGCCCAUAGUUUACCCGCCAAGUUUCAACGCCCUGAACCUUAUCCCUUUCAAUAUCAACCCGCACUACUUGGACACGGACCCCAACUCAACUCACAAGGGGGAGACACGGGAGGAACGCAUUUUGCAAUACCACAGCUUGCCGGAUGCGUAUGACGUGUACAACGUUCUGGGGCUAAGGGAAGGGAGUUUGCUUUUGGUUGAUGGCGAGAUGGGAGUCUUGAAGGGGAUCAAGAACGCAAGACUCUUUAUUAAAGGGAAGCCUCCGCAAGAAAUCGAAGUGGGGACCGACCUGUCUCACUUAUUCGCCAAUCAAUUGAAAGCUUCCGCUGUACGUUUAUAAACAAACACUAACGCUAUAAACACCGUUCAAACAACUGCA